GGCUUUACGAGCUCCUCCUCAUUUCACAUCUCUUCCCCACGCCUUCACACCCAUCCCCUCCAAUUGCUCUAUCAGCGGCGCCUCUCAGCCUUGCACCGCCGUCGCACCUUGCCUCGUCGUCACACUGAACCUCCGUUGCACUGAACUUCCAUUGCCCCAAAACUUUGUCACACCUCCUCCCGGCUCUUCUCUGUCUGCUGGUCGUGACAUUCCUUUUCAAACCCUAAUGUGCAUUUUCCCGCCACUGUCUUCGUCACCUCCGUCUUCGUCGCCUCCGUCCUCAUCCUCUUCACCUUCUCCUGUGUUCACUCUUUCUACCUUCCCGGUGUCGCCCCUCGAGAUUUUCAAACCCAACUUGACACCGUUUCGUGUUGCUUGUUCACAACGAAGAGAUUUUGAACCCAUCGGUUCCCAUGGCUCUGAGACUCUCUGGUAUUCUCAUGGGAGAAGUGAUUGUCUACGAGAGAAAAGUGAAGCUCCUUUAUGGUUCGACAUCAAAGACGAUGAGAAAACACAGGUUGAUGCAAUGGCUCAUGGAAAGAUUGAUGCUGAAUAUGUUGAUGAUUUUAUAUCAGUGUGAUUGGAGUAGUACUGAUAGUAUGUGGACUAUACAUGGUUCUAUGGGGAAAGAACAAAGAGAUGAAAAAGAUAACUCAAUUGCUGCCAUCUGAAAUCAUACAAUUACAGCAGUAGGAUCAACAACAGACUAUACAAGUUGUGGUUAAGUUAUUGCAUGCUGGGGGGUAUGAUGAUUUAAUUAUUGGAAAUCAUAUAAUUAAGAUUCCAUUGUAUUUGUUUUUCAGGUAGAAAGGUGUUUCUGGAGACAAAGUACUUUUACUUUAAUCUGAAAAAGCAUGUGUUUAAAGACAAUAACAAAAGGAAAUUAAAACAGGAAAGGGCACCGGAAAAAGGUGGGGAAAAGGAAUCAGGAGCUUGUGAAUAACAACAAAGUCAUUGGGUUCAAGACUAAGUUUGUUUUUUGGAGGAAGAAGAAUCGCACUCAAUUUCUUAAAACUAAGUGGAUUAUGUUUGAGUUCCGUAUUUUUGUCCCCACCACAACUUUCAACCCCUCUCAGAUAAUUCAUUUCUUUAUCUCGGAAUAGUUAUCACAAUUUAUAUAACCAUGACUACUGUACGAUGUUAGAAAUGUAGAAAUAGUAGACAUAGUAACAAUUCAUUUAGUUGUUUAGAUAGGAAUAAGAUACAAAACUUUUGUGUUCAUUAUUUAAAAGAUAGAAUCUAAAUGCAAAAUCAAAGAUCAUGUUGCCAUA